AUGGUGCUGAUGGCUAAAAGGCAAAGAGCUGAAAACGUGGAGAGAGAAGAAAAGGCUAAGAAGUACUUUACAAAGGUUGGAAUGAAUGAAGAUGAUGACCAGCAAAUGGAGAAAUGCUCAAUCAGGGGACUAUACAGAUCAUUACAAGGUGUAUUUCAAAAAGUAACAUGGAGGAAACUAGUGUGCAAUAACAAAGGACGGCCAAAGUGGAUAUUCAUAUUGAGACUAGCAAUCCAACAACGGCUAGCUACCAAAGAUUGGCUGGCAAGAUGGGGGGUAGAUAUAGAUCAAACAUGCUCUCUGUGUAAUAAGGAAAAUGAGACAGUGCAGCAUAUAUUCUUCAAGUGUGAGAUUACAGGGAAGAUAUGGAAUGGUCUGCUGAGAUGGCAAGGGAUUCAAAGUUCACACAACAACCGGCAGGACGUGAUUACAUGGAUGGUGAAGGCGACUAAAGGCAAAAGUUCAAGAGCAGCUAGCAGAAUGACAUUAGCAGCAGCAGUGUAUCAUUGUUGGCAGGAAAGGAAUUUUGUGAUUUUUCAAAAAAAGAGAAGGACAACCACUUCUUUAAUCAAGCACAUUAUCCAGGAAGUGCACAUAAGGGCAGCAAGGUUCCCUUAUCUAGAUAAGGUGAUGACUACUUUGAACUGGUAUCCCGAAAUUAGUUAG